UUCCAAUCCAAUCCAUUCCAAAUUUCCAUUCCGUCAACAACUUUUCCACCAUCUCUCCCUCCAUUUGACUUUUCCGAUUUCCGAUCACCACCGUCACCGUUUCAGCUUUCAGUAAUGGAGAGCACAAUGAAAGAGCUCGGUGACUCAGCCUCCGUCCUCGACCUCGACCCCAAGACCGCCGUCGGCGGUGGCGUCGAAGACGUCUACGGCGAGGACUUCGCCACCGAGGACCAGCUCAUCACUCCCUGGACCGUCUCCGUCGCCAGUGGGUACUCUCUGCUGAGAGAUCCUCGCCAUAACAAGGGGCUGGCCUUCACCGAGAAGGAGAGAGAUGCUCACUACUUGUCCGGCCUUCUGCCGCCUGUUGUUCUCUCACAGCAGCUUCAGGAGAAGAAAUUGAUGAACUCCAUUAGACAGUAUCAGCUUCCGAUUCAGAAGUACAUGGCCAUGAUGGAACUCGAGGAGAGGAACGAAAGGCUGUUCUAUAAGCUUCUCAUCGACAAUGUCGAGGAGUUGCUGCCAGUUGUUUACACUCCCACAGUUGGGGAGGCUUGCCAGAAGUACGGCAGCAUUUUCAGGCGCCCUCAGGGUCUAUACAUCAGCUUGAAAGAGAAGGGGAGAGUUCUUGAUGUGUUGAAGAACUGGCCUGAGAGGAGCAUUCAAGUCAUUGUCGUGACAGAUGGUGAAAGGAUUUUGGGACUCGGAGAUCUUGGAUGCCAGGGGAUGGGAAUUCCUGUUGGAAAGUUGUCUCUUUACACCGCGCUUGGAGGAAUUCGCCCAUCUGCAUGUUUGCCUAUUACCAUUGAUGUUGGUACAAACAAUGAGAAGUUGCUGAAUGAUGAAUUCUAUAUUGGACUUAAACAAAGGAGGGCUACUGGCCAGGAAUAUUCUGAACUUCUUCAUGAGUUCAUGUCAGCUGUAAAGCAGUGUUAUGGAGAAAAAGUUCUUAUUCAGUUUGAAGAUUUUGCCAACCACAAUGCCUUUGAACUACUUGCGAAGUACCGUACAAGUCAUCUUGUUUUCAACGAUGAUAUCCAGGGUACAGCAUCUGUGGUUCUUGCAGGAGUUGUUUCAGCAUUGAAGAUCCUUGGUGGCUCCCUUGCUGAUCACAAGUUCCUCUUCUUGGGUGCCGGAGAAGCUGGAACUGGGAUAGCUGAGCUUAUAGCUCUCGAGAUGUCAAAGCGAACAAAUACUCCUUUGGAAGAGUGUCGUAAGAGGAUCUACUUGGUGGACUCAAAGGGUUUAAUCGUCAAAUCCCGCCUAGAAUCACUUCAGCACUUCAAGCAGCCAUGGGCACAUGAGCAUGAAUCUGUCAAGACACUCUUGGAAGCUGUCAACGCACUCAAACCAACGGUUCUUAUCGGAGCAUCAGGGAUGGGCAAAACAUUCACAAAGGAAGUCGUUGAAGCCAUGUCUUCCUUCAAUGAGAAACCUCUCAUCAUGGCUCUGUCCAACCCAACUUCACAAGCUGAGUGUACUGCCGAAGAAGCAUACACCUGGAGCAAGGGUAAAGUAAUUUUCGCUAGCGGGAGUCCAUUCGAUCCUGUCGAGUACGAGGGCAAAGUUUUUGUCCCCGGACAGGGCAACAACGCAUACAUUUUCCCUGGAUUUGGGUUGGGAGUGGUGAUGUCUGGUGCCAUUCGCGUCCACGACGACAUGCUUCUUGCAGCUUCUGAGGCAUUGGCAGAACAAGUGACGGAUGCAGAGUACGAGAAAGGGCUGAUCUACCCGCCUUUCUCCAAGAUCAGGAAGAUCUCGGCUGAGAUCGCUGCUAAAGUCGCUGCCAAGGCUUACGAGCUUGGAUUGGCCAGCCGGAUUCCUCGUCCGGCGAGUCUCGUAAAGUACGCGGAGAGCUGCAUGUACAGCCCUGUGUACAGGAACUACCGGUGAACCGAACACUCUCUGCCGCCCCCGGUGGUUUGAAGCCACGGUCGGAAGCCUGCUCUGUUGCUUCUGGACCACGCAAUAAAAUAAUAAAGAUGAAUUUUGCUU